UUGCCUGUCGACGAUGUGUUGUGGUCGGUAAUGGAGGAGUACUUCGAAAUAAGACAUUAGGGGAGAAAAUUGACUCAUAUGAUGUGAUAAUAAGAAUGAAUAAUGGCCCUGUUAUAGGGUACGAAGAAGAUGUUGGGAGGAGGACGACUUUCCGCCUUUCUUACCCGGAAUCCAUCUUCUCAGAUCCGAUCCACUACGACCCUAAUACGACUGUUGUUCUCAUCGUCUUCAAACCACGUGACUUGAAGUGGCUGUGGGAGAUACUAGGUGGUCAGAAAAUAAGUGCUAAAGGCUUUUGGAAGAAACCAGCUCUGAACAUGAUAUACAAAUCUAGUCAAAUCAGGAUUCUUGAUCCCAGCAUCACCAGAAAAACAGCUUAUGAAUGGCUUCGUUUCCCAACAAGGUUUCCCAAAAAAGAGAAACCCAAGCAUCCAACAACGGGGCUAAUUGCCAUUACGCUAGCAUUUCACAUAUGCCAUGAAGUUCACCUGGCAGGCUUCAAGUACGACUUCACUGACAGAAACAGUUCUUUGCACUACUACGGCAAUGACACAAUGUCUCAGAUGAUGCAGAAUGAAUACCACAACAUCAAUGCUGAGCAGAAAUUUUUGAAGAAGCUUAUAGACAAGAACUUUGUGGUCAAUUUGACGUGAAAGUUGAAUGGAAAAUACAAAGAACAAUCACUAUUUUCAAGAUUUGAAAAUUUUUUAUUUUUUGUAUGGUAUUUUUAUUUUUUAAGUGCAGCAUAACUGUUUACUGUUUAAAAGGAGCACAGAAACCUCACCAAGGCAGAAGCUUCUUCUAAGCCUGAGGGCAAUGGACUAUUGCAAACUGAGUUAACUGAAUUUCUGUGAAGCUAUUUAAUAAUGGGAAAACCAUGAAACUUUCAGCUGAAAGUAUCAGGGAUAUAUAAAAAUGUGAUGCACAUCACUUAUUUAUCAGCAAGAACUCUUUCCAGAUGAUUACUUCUCUGGAGUACUUUUGUUUCUGAUGUUGUCCUCCAAAAGAGGACUUACACUGUCAAGAGGCUGAGACGCCGAGUGUUUAAUUAACAGAGCGAUGUAAAGUCUUGAAUAUCUGUCUUGUACUAUGAAAAUGGCUUUAAAACGAUGCCUAUAAAUCAUUACUGUGUGUUUGGGAGAAGGGGGAACAUACAGAGUGUACAGGUUUUGGUCUGCCCUGCUCCUGAGGAGGGGACGUCCAUCUUCAGCAAAGAAGCCACAGCUUCUGCACUGGCCGUCGACUCUGA